AAAAUCGGAAAUGGCUAUGAAUACCACUGCCACGGAUCUCAGCUACGACGAGCGUGAAGUCUUUAUAGACAACAAAAACCAUUCAAUAAAAUAUCGGACUCUAUCCUGGCAAUCUGCGGCCUUUAUCAUGAUCACGGAGAUCGUGACUGGUGGCACUCUGACCCUGCCUCAAGCAAUUGCCGUCGUUGGUCUUGUCCCUGGUACCAUCAUCAUUAUCUUUUGUGGAGUUUGGGCUUUGUUCACAUCGUUCCUGCUCAUCGAUUUCAAACUCAAUCAUCCCGAAGUGCAUAAUAUGGGCGAUGCGGGAUUUAUCUUGUUUUCUCCCUUCGGACUAGGAGCAGUAGGGGGGGAGAUGUUGAGCGUCGGCACCAUUCUUUUUGCCAUCACUGGAGUGGGCAGUAUGAGCUUGCUCGGGCAGCUGGCUUUGCAAACGUUGAGUCAAGGUGGUAUGUGUGCGAUGUCUUAUCUGGGCAUCUGGACAUGCAUAACCUUUCUUGUUGCUGUACCGAGAACCUUUGGUGCUGGGCUACAAGGCUUUUCCGUGGCUGCCUGUAUCUCGGUCUUGGUCGCAACUUUGGUUGCCAUGAUCGGUGCUGGUGUCGAGCCAACUCCUGAUCGUGUGGUUGUUGCUACCGCCCCAAACACGUUCUACACAGCAUUCCUGGCCAUUACCAACCCUGUCCUAGCAUAUGCUGGCCACUUCCUCUUCUUUACUAUCAUAUCUGAGAUGAAAGUCCCAAGCGACUCCAAGAAAUCAGCCUGGGCACUUCAGCUCUUUAGCACGACAUGGUAUGUCAUCUUCGCCGUGGUGAGCUAUUGCUUUUUAGGUUCGACGGUGCAAAGUCCCUCGUUCCUGAGUCUGUCAGAGACUUGGGCGAAAGUGGCAUGGGGACUAUUAUUGCCGAACAUAUUGGUUGCUGGAGCGCUGUACAAUCAUUUCGCUGCAAAGAUCUUGUUCGUGAGGAUGUUUAAAAACAGCAGGCAUCUCACAGAGAACACGAUACUGGGAUGGGGAGUCUGGAUAUUGCUGCUUGCUGUUGCGAAUGCUUGCGGGUUCGUGUUGGCGACAGGCGGUAUAGUCGCAUCUGCUUUUGCGUCCUGGUAUACCUAUGGUCUUGCAGGAGCAUUCUGGUGGCAUGACACCCACUACCUUGGAGAUGGUUGGAGAUCUGUCAGAAAGAAGUGGCCGAUGUUCUUGCUCUGCUUCGGCACUCUGAUUUUCGGCGGCUUCAUCUGCGUUGGUGGACUAUACGCGAUCAUCAAAUCAUUGAUCGAGGCCUAUGCUUCUGGCGCUGUGGGACAUCCCUUUACCUGC